AUGGCUUCGAGUACGCCUUCUCGUCCAAAGGCGCCGAAAGAAAACAAGUAUGCACGCCAGACAAUUCACAUCACCGUCGGUCGCUCCAAGACCUCCUUCCACGUCCACUACUCGCAGCUUGAACGAACCGCCUUUUUCCAAGUCCAUGGCAUGCCUGCAACCUCGAGCAACGGUACACCUUCCAGAGAGCCAUCUACUGGCGAUGAUCGCGAGCGCACCUUGAGCCCACCGCCCGAAAUCAAAAGCGAGGAUACUUCAGACCAGGCUGAAACCGGGACUGCUGCCUUCUUGCAAGACUCGCCUUCUCGCCCACUCUACCACCUUGAAGGAUUCGUUUAUGAGCCCGCGGCUUUCGAGGUUGUCGUCAAUUGGCUGUACAAUCAACCACCGGGUGUGCCGGUGAAUCGACAUGUGUGCAGAACUCAAAUGCGCACUUACGUUAUCGCACUUCAAUACCAGAUCAUUCCGCUUCAGGAUGCAAUCAUCGACUGCGUUCGCAAAUACCAUCAGGAGUACAACAUCUCGUUCGAGUACAUCACAUGGCUUACCAAUCGGCUUGGGGAAAGUCCAGCAACUCACACAGUUCCGAUGAUGAGAUAUCUCAUCGAACAGGUUGCCUUCGAGGUCUCUACUCAGGGAUACAAUGAGUUUGCUCGCGACAACCCGCUCUUUGAGACUUUCCUGGUCCAAGGUGAGCGACCUGUUCGGCAAGCGCUGUUCCAUGCUCUUGCGGACAUUGCGCGGGCUCUUGCUGGGAGCGUCGCGGCAGCAGAUCGAGCUCGUCUUGAUCCUGCUCUGGGACGGAACAGAUGGAUGAUGAGAGACUGGAAGAGUCCACAACAGGAAGGAACUGUUCCAGUCGACAUCAUCGAGGUGGACGAAUAG